AUGGCACCGGCAGAGAUCCUACUGGAGAUUUUCUCCAUGCUGACACCGCGGGACUUCGACAACGCCCGGCGGACAUGCUCACAGUGGAUGCGGACUAGCUUAAAUCACAAGCUGCUGGAGGAUAUGCUGAAAAGAGCAGGGUGGUGGGAUGCAUGGCUGCAAGACCGCAAAACGCCACGCACCUCCCGGUUAGAUGAGAGCGAGGUUUGGAGAAUGAGCUGCCGCUUUGCAACAGAAUGUCUCCUUUCGGGGCGAAGAUUGAAUGUCGAGAAACCAGGAUUCUUGACUACCGCUGUGGUGGACUUUUCAAACCUGUCUGGUUCAGGAAGAAAAUCUCGCACUCGAUUUCAGCCGGUUUUGCAGACCGAAGAUAAAGGGCCGUCAACUUUCAGCAUUAGCGCUUGCAGCAACUACCUGCUUGUGACGACAGGCUGCAUAAUUUAUAUUUAUUCCCUUUUGGGUCGAAAGUCUAGACAGAUAUCUGUAUCCGACUUCAACAACCUUGACUUGGCCCUGGUCUCACGCAUCUCAUGUCCGUUCGAUAUUGUUUCUGCUACCAUCGACACCAGCAAGCCUCAAUUUACCAUCGCUGCAUUGCUUUGCAACCGUGUUGGCAUGAUUUGUAACUUGGAUAUGGCUUGGGCCAAAGUUCCAAUCAAGGGAUCUCAUUCGAGCAAAAUGGCUACCUCAUCCCGCCACUUCUUCUACAACGUCUGCACGGUAGACAACCCACCCCGAACAGUUGCUCUCUGUCCCGGCCGGCCAGUCGUCGCCUUUGGCUGCGCCGCAGGCAUCGAAAUCCACAGUGUAAACGAAACAAAGCGCAGCGAACAACGCAGAUACUUCACCGUCCCCCAAUCCUCCGAAAUCCUUCAUUUCCUCCCAAGUAGACCAGAAACACCAAGUGAACUACGUCUCAUUUCCUCGCUCUCUGGACCAGGCGUCCACAAAUGCAAAUGUCCCCCUUCGCCCUCCCCUUCGUCUUCAUCCUCAGCAUCAUCACCAAAACUUGACUCAAAAAGCAACCAAUUCCAUUUCCUCGCAGACAUCCAGUCCUUCAACCGCCGCCGCAUCCCCCAUGCCCCAUCUCGCAGCUUCAUCCGCGCAACACACUGUCACCACUAUCGUGCCGUUCCCAUUAACGACGGUUUCCACAUCAUAUUCAUUGAGCCACGCACAAGCCUACUAUGCAUCGGCACCGACGCUCCAAUCGGCGGGCCAACAAGCCUAACCCGGGCAUUUGUCUGUGUUCCACCGUCUUUCUCAAAUACCCAAAACCGACAGAUCAAGACACCACCCCCGUCUCCAUCCCCUUCGCAUACAACUGCCCCUCCAAAAGACCUCCCAAUCCCAACGACUUUCGCCGCAGGCUCUGAUCUCCGCUGGGGCCUCCGUAUUGUCGCAGCCUAUGGCGACCGCCUCGUGCUGUACUCUAUUCCCUUGGACAUAUUUAACAUGAUCCGCAAAGAGCGUGAAAGCCAAGGGGACGGUGUAAUGGGUGACAGCGAUCUCGGGCCUGACUGGUACGUUGACUCGGAGCGAACUCGCAAACAGCGAGAGAGUCUGGUGCAGAACCAGAAUGGGGACUGGGAGUUCGUUUUGUCUGUCUCCUAUCGGCCUACUGCUAUGAUGUGGCCGUUUAAGAUCUACGGCAAGGAGAUUGGGACUGUUAAGGGGAUUGUAGAGCUUGCUGUGCAGUCCUCCCAGGGUGGAGCUAGGAUUUGGGCUUUUGGAGAGGAUGGCAAAGGCACGGUUAUGGAUGUUGAUAUUGGUGAUGUUCCUACUCGGUCUAUUGGUGUUUGUUCUGAUGGGCGAUUGGAAGAUCGUGGUAUCGUUCAGAAGACAAGUUCAAGGAAACGGAAGUUCGAGGAACCUGUCACGAGUUUCUCGCGACAUUCGCGCCUCAGUCGAACCGAACCUUUCCUCUACCAAUCAAUCCACUGGGACUGGGAACAUCCCCAGGUCCAUAGAAUCCUGUGCCUCCUCCGGAAUAUCUCCGAGCGACCAGAGUUGACUGACCACAUCCGUCAUGUCAGUUUCGUAUGGUGGAACGUGGACCCCUUCCAAACAAACAUCAUCAUACCCAAAGGAAACAUUGACUGGGCCAAGGAAAUGCUACAAUUUCGGCCUACUCUGAGAUGGGCCCGGAGGAUAGUUCGAGACGCGAAAUUCCCGCCCAAUCUCAACGCCAAAUGGAUGGCACGAGUGUCUCAUGGGGACGCCUAUGUCUAUGUCACACUGCUAGUCUCUCAGCUUCAUAACCUUCGCAGCCUUCGACUGGAUUUUUCAUUCUUGCUCGAAGGUGGCUUCCCUGGGGACAUGUUGCAUCAAUCUCUCUUCGGAAAUCCAACCCCCGGCGUGUUGACUCGAUUCUCGAAAUUAGAAAUGGUCGACUACGGAAGCAAUUUGCCUAUCACAGAAUUCUACGACACCGACUAUCCCGACGAAAGCCGUCAAUUCAUCCCCUGGUUCCACCUUCCUUCAUUGAAGACUCUCGAGAUAUGGCUCCUGAGUUUGGAUGGAAUCACUGUCUUCCCUGAGCAGAUUCCGGAAAGAUCCUGGACAUUGCCAAACCUGCGCACUCUUGUUCUUGCCAGGACAGGUGUCCCGCCCGAUGAACUCGCCACACUGCUGUGCCAACUUCCAUAUCUGGAGUCCUUACACGUGGGCAUGACCCUCAAAUGCCUCCCAGCAGUCGACUUCCUCAAGCUGCCUGAGUGCUUUCUUCGUUCCUUGGAAACUUCAAGCCAAGCCAUCAAAAACCUUUCUAUCAGCCUGGAGCUUCUCCCAUGUUGUGCAGAAAAUUUCGUUCUAGAAGAUUGGUUGGACGAACCUGCUAAGUCUUUUCGUGGCAUGUUGAACAAGUUUCCUCAACUGAAAACGGCAUCCAUGCCGCUCUACUUGCUUAUUGGUUGGGGUCCAACGGCCUACGAGCUUCGGGAUGUACUGCCACCAAGUAUCGAAGCCCUUCACAUUAGACCUGAUCUCUGGCCAACCACAUCUCUCAUCGAGUUCGAAAUGGCAACACUUGAGGCGUUAAAGUCAUUGAUGAGGGACAAAGAGCGCGGCUCCCAUCCUCUUCUCAGAACCUUUUCCAUCAAUGGAUGGCAUGAUCGGUCUGAGCAGGAACUCCUUGCUCUAGGCAUCCAGGUCAAUAUUGGCUACUUGAUUCAGCGGCAAGCCAUGCAGCUACACUGUCUCAGGAGAGGGUACAAUCUUUUUUCUCGAUAUGAAAGCUGCGCACCUGGCUUGAUGUUGAGGCGUGCGAUCUUGGUUAACCAAGACGUCUACUGGUUCCCUUGGCCAUUCGCUAGGGUAGAUGAGCUCCCAUCAAGCAUGUCUCGAUGGGAGAUAUGGAAACGUGACCAAGAUCAUGCUGAUCAGAUGGGUCCAUGA